AUGGUCGCCGUCGGGCUCGCAGCAGCGGUGCUGUGCCUCCUCCGGGAGCGCCGCGGGCCUGGCGGCGUUCUCGCAGCGGGCCCCCGCCCUGGAGGAUCCCGCGGCCAGCACCGGCGGAUACUCGGCGCGCGAGGUGUGGAAGGACAUGCGGUCCAUCGUCAGCUUCGUGCUCGGGGCACUCCUGACCUCUUGCGUCGGCGGGGACUUCUCCGCCGCCAGCGACGACGAGGAGGAGAGGAGUCGGACGAGCAGCCGUCGAAGGUGAUGGAGAGGCAGCGACGCAGAGUUCGCCAUGGCAGGAUCCCGGCAUCUGCCCCCGCAGCUGGGGCCCAGGAUCAGUGCAAGGCCUCCCUUGCUGACCGAGGCAGGAGGGCGUGACCACCGAUCCUGGGCUGAGCGUCGGCCUGGCCAUGGCUGGCGCAGGUGGACAGCCUCGGCGGCGAGCCCAGGGGGGAAGCCACACGUGCGACGCCCUGAUGUUUUCAAUGCGGGGUCCCUUGAAGUGCCGAUCCUUUCCCCUGGACUCGUGUUUCAGCCCGAGUUCGUUGUUCGACGGCCCCGAGGCCCGCCGAGGGCCCCCCCGAGGCCGAACAUUGGCCAAAAAUGUCCGUC